AUGGCGGCGAUCCGUAGAGCCUCCAAUCUACUUCGUUUUGCUUUCCAGAACACUCGCUUCAACUACCACUUCUUUCCUCGGUGGCCAACCGUCCACCGUCGCUUUCUCUCAAGGGCGGCAUCAGUGCCAAUUGCGGUUCGUACGUCGCCUCUCGCUGGAGCCGUCUCUCUCGGCUUGCCGGAGCGCUCGCUGCGGGCGGCAUCGCUGUCGUUUCAAGAGGUCCAUGCUAAGGAACCGCCGCCGGCUGAUUUGGUUCCUGAGGAUGUGUUCUUUAUCAGUAUGAGGCUUGCCUUUUGCAACAAAGUUAAAGGUAUCGAUACUGUUGGUGGUGUGAGAGUUCCUGCCUCAUUUUGUGGAAUUAUAGGGUUUCGAUCCUCUCAUGGGGCUGUUUCUCAUGUGGAACGAUGCCUGUUUCAAAAAGCCUCGACACAUUGGAUGGAUGUUCAGGUGGUAACAAAGUCAACUGAGAAGCUUUUCGGAAGUAAGAUUUUUCUGUUUCAUGCUGAAGCUGCAAUCAAAACUGCUAAUGUUAAGGUCACUCAAGUGAUCAAAUUUUGUUGUCCUACUCUAACCAAAAUGUGUCUUUCUCCUACUAGACACGAGUUCAAAUAUAAUCAUGAGGAAUGGAUUAACUCAGAAAAGCCUACUCUAGAUCCUGCCAUCUCAGCACAAAUAGACAUGCUGGAAACAUCGGACACAGAGAUAGAAAACUGCAAAUCUGUUAGGAACGAAAUGCGUUUUGCUAUUAAUUCUCUUUUGCAGGAUGAUAGAAUACUUGUGAUCCCAACCACUGUUAUCCUCCUCCAAAACUUGGUGGGAAAGAGUUACAUCAGAGGAUUAUCAGAACUCUGCAUUCAGUCUACUGAGUAUUGCGAGUUUAUCAGGUGCUGUCAGGUCACGUGCCACUUGGAUACCAUGACAACUGUCUAUUUCAGUUUCCUUUUGCCAAGCAUGGGGGUGAUCGCUUUUUGCGGAUACUCUGCAGAAUAUGUUCAAGUCUCUACAAGAGCAGACUUUGGAGUUAAAGUUAACAAUUGUUACAAAUAG